UUGCAGAUUCAUGCAGGGUUUCUUUAUCUUAAUGUGAUUUUUACUCUUCCUCUUCAUAGAGGGGUGUCCUUAUUUCUUUUCACCCAAGGCCGUCUUAUCCAAGGAAUUAUGCAGUGACGCGAUGGACUGUAGGUCCAUUAACCUAUUUGAUCAUUCGAUUGCUUAAAAAAGCUAUAUCUGCUCACGUUAUAGGUGUUCUCAGAGCUGGUCAUCCCUCUGGUCAAUUUCUCAAGAUAUGACACCUGUCCCAAGAAUCCUUUUGCUACGCUGCAGGCACAUUGACUCGCCACUUCUACGUAUAUGCCCUCUCAAACCCCCACGGGCUCUUGGAGCUAAAACAGCCUGCGAGAAUGUCAUGGAGAAUUACAAAUCGUCUUCUUCUCCCUUCGGCCUUCUGUCAUACGCCAUCGUUGUGGCUCUUACUAAUAGCUUGUACCAAAAAGGACGGACGAUGCAUAUCUUUCUUAUCGAUAUGCAACUCAAUUUCCAAGGCUACCUACUACCUCUGCCCUGCCCUUCUCCCUAUUCUUCCCCAGCGUUUCGUAUUUCCAUCUCGUACAUGGCUUGCCUGAGCGAUAUCAGUUCGUGGAAUUCGUACGGGCGGCUCUGUCUGAUGUCUCUCUGAGUCCCAGAUGUCCAGAAUGUCUGCAUUCCGGUUAACCAUGCAAGUAAUUCCUGCACAUCAGAUAUCUACCUCGAGUUUCUCACGGUAUAUCCUAGUGCAACUAACUCAAUAAUCCGGUCAAAUAGCUGUUCACGAACUCUCGAGAGUUCUGGACUUUGCCCCGGCUGUGUUGCAUAAUAUAUUGCAUGAGCACAACGUAUGCACACAACCGGUAUUCUAUAUACUGUGAAAGCGUAUGAAUGACUCCCAAGGCCAUUUUUUUCGUUUUUCCCAUAUUCUGAGAGAAACA